UCUCGACUGCAGUGUCUCAUCGUCGAUCGAUUCGAAAAGACAGCAUUUAACGGUUUUUAAGGAUCAGCCAGAGGUGAUUUACGUGGGAGGAUAAUGUGGAAGCUCCUUCUACUACUCACGGUCGCAUUGACCACAGCGAUGAAAUUUGUGGAUCAACCUCCAUCGAAUAAUACAACGGUUCAUGGUUUCGAGGUUGAUUAUGAAAAUAAUCAAUUUUUACUGGAUGGAAAGCCUUUCCGUUACGUUUCCGGAAGUUUCCAUUACUUUCGGACCCCCAAGGUCUAUUGGCGAGACAGAUUGAGAAAAAUGCGAGCAGCGGGUCUCAACGCCGUUUCCACUUACGUCGAGUGGAGCCUGCACCAGCCAAGACCGGACGUUUGGAAAUGGGACGGUGAAGCGGAUAUUGUAGAAUUCCUUAAAAUUGCUCAGGAGGAGGAUCUCCUGGUGCUUCUGCGACCGGGUCCAUAUAUUUGUGCUGAGCGUGACCUGGGUGGUUUGCCACCCUGGCUGAUGACCCAGGUACCGGAUAUAAAGAUGCGGACGAAUGACCCUCGUUACAUGGAGUACGUCAAGACGUACUUCCAGCAGUUGUUGGUCCGGGUGGAACCGCUGCUCAGGGGCAACGGCGGACCCAUCAUCAUGGUGCAAAUUGAAAAUGAGUACGGAAGCUUUCCCGCUUGUGAUAUUAAGUACAGAGAAGGCCUUCGGGACAUAAUCAUCCGUUACGUCGGGAGCAAGGCCCUCUUGUACACAACCGACGGAUCCGGCACUAAUUAUCUUCGGUGCGGAGUUGUCUCAGGGGCUUAUGCCACAGUUGACUUCGGGGCUGCAGCAAACAUCACAAAUGCCUUCGGCGCAAUGCGCCAGUAUCAGCCAAAUGGUCCUCUAGUAAACUCUGAAUACUACACCGGAUGGUUGACCCACUGGGACGAACCCUUCCAGCGAGUCUCCACCGCAGCAUUCAUUAAAACCCUCAAAGAAAUGUUGAACUUAAACGCCUCCAUGAACCUCUACAUGAUGUACGGCGGAACGAACUUUGGUUUCACCGCUGGAGCUAAUGGUGGGGCCCAAUACUCCCCGCAAAUAACUUCUUACGAUUACGAUGCACCUUUGACCGAAGCUGGCGAUCCCACCGAUAAGUAUUUUGCGCUUCGUGAUGCACUCUCUCAGUAUCUUCCGAUGCCAGAUUUACCGUUGCCUGUGGUAGCACCGAAGGGUCAUUACGGAGUCGUUGGGCUGCAACCUGUCACCAGUCUUUUUGAUCGUCAAGCGAGAACCCUGGCAGCGAGAGUUGCCCUUUUCGAGAAAGCUCCGACCUUCGAGGAGUUGGAUCUCCCGACUGGAGUCGUACUGUACGAGGCUGAACUCCCGGCUGGUUUAAAAGACCCUGCGAUUUUCAGAGCUGACGUCGCGGACAGAGCCCUCGUCUACCUUGACGAUUACCUGGUGGGAACCCUUAGUCGAACCCUCAAGAUCAAGAGCCUCCCUCUUCCCAACCCCUACGCUAAGAGGAUUCAGGUACUCGUAGAGAGUCAGGGGCACCUCAAUUUCGGGAAUCUCGUUGAGGAUUUCAAGGGUAUGUUCAAUGCGGAAAUUGAUAACAAACCCUUGAAGAAGUUCAACGUGAGUGCUUUUCCCCUGGACGUUGUGCAGACAGUGAGGAACUUUUCGGCGACGACAUUCACUUCUGGAAGUCAAGUAAGAGGUCCGUUCAUUCUACGAGGGUUGUUCGAUGUGACCGGACAACCCCUAGACACCUACCUCAGCACAGCGGGAUGGGGGAAGGGGGUGGCUUACAUAAACGGCCACAACCUCGGACGAUACUGGCCGAAGGCUGGACCCCAAGUCACUCUUUAUGUACCCGGGGCCUGGCUCAAGACCGGAGUUAACGAACUCAUUGUCAUUGAGUAUGAAUACGUUCCCCCUGCUGUCCGCAUGGUCUUCCAAGGGGCCCCCAAUUUAGGAAGAUCCCGCAUGAGAGUCUGAUCUCCCUUUUUUUCAUUUAAUAAGUAUUUCAUAUUAUUUUAAUGUGGUAGAAUCAGAAACAUACUUUAAUAGCGUAGAACAGUUGAGAAUUAUCUUAUAAUAUUUUUGUACAUCCAUUCUAUGGAGCAUUUAUAAUACAUGUAUCACACAAUUUGAAAAAAUAAAUCGAUAAAAAAAA